AUGAAUCCCCUGGAGGAUAACGUGGAUAAUCCUGAGACAAAGGAGCCGCAGCCGCCAGCGACACAACGGGAUCAAAACCAGCAGCAGCAAGAUGCAGACGUCACGGGACUGAAGAUGAGGAUGAGUCCAGAUGCUGAAGAGUCGAUCAGAUGUUCAGUAUCUGGCUGCAGCUGCUUAUGCUUCAAACCUGGAAGUUCCAAAUUCAGGUCAUGUGAUCGCUGUGGACAUGGCUGGGUGGUGCAUGCCUUGGAGAAGCUCCAGGCCCAGCCGUCCUCCAGCUGUGGCCCAGUGGAGGUGGCCCUUCCUGGGCUGGUGCUCGACCUGAGCUCCCUGGUCCUGUACGGAGCUCAGGCCGUCCCAGUUCGUCUGAAGAUUUUGUUGGAUCGUCUCUACAGCGUCCUGACCCCAGAGCAGGUCGGCCACAUACUGCACGCACUGGGCUGGAGUUUGGGAGACUAUGUACGAGGAUACAUGCUGCAGAAUCCCGGUGGGAAGGUGCUGGACCGCUGGAUGAUGGUGACUCCUGAAGAGGAGCUGCUCAUCCUCAAACAGUUCCUUCGCUUUGGCGAGACCCGCCCCAUCGUGGAGUUGAUGACGCUUCAGUGCCAGGCAGCUGUCAACUGCCUCUCUGAUCCACAGCUAAGGCCCGCCCCAAAGAGCCGCCAGUCAAACAUCAGCACGUUCAUCGAGCGCAACAGAGGAACGCCGGGGAAGUUCAGGAACUCGAGAGAAGAUUCACAUUUGGUGGCUGGCGUCUGCCGUUUUGAGAAAAGCAGUGUUGCUGACGGCAAUGACACGAUCCAUCAUUUUGAGAACUCUCCGAGCGGUCUGUCUUUGCUUCUGCCUUUUCACUUUCCAAGCUCCGCCUUCCAGUGUUUGCUUCCUGCCUCCAAGGAUCUUGUUCCUCCCACGAAGCAAACACAAUGUCUGCAGAAGCCCAGUGAGACCAAAGUGUCCAAGAGACACAGGCAGGACGGAGAAAGAGAAGCUCAAGAGACCGGUUCAAUCACGCAGCAAACCAAAGGGGAACAAGCUUUAAAAAUCAAAGCCGACCCGGACAAGCUGAACUCAGCCCAGUCCCUGUGGCAACCGAACCCUCGCAUCCACAGCGAUGAAGAGCUUGGCCUCCACAUGGGCACGGCCAAACAGGAGAACACCUCUUCACCCUCCCCUUUUUUAAACUCUUCAUUUAUCCCCAUGUCUUCCUCACGCCAUCCAUCCAUUUCCUCCUCUUCCUCCUCUCCUCCAAAGACUUACCAGAAAUUGCAAGGCUCCUCUCCCUCCUUGUUUCAUCCUCUCCCAUCCUUUUCCUCCUCUUUUCUCUGUCCUAUUCCUGCCUCCUCCUUUUCGUCAUCCCUCCCUCCUCUGCCAUCCUCGUCUUCCUCCCUCCAUCCUCUCCAAUCUUCCCCUUGCUCCCUACCUUCUCCUUCCUCUGCAGGAGGUCGGAAAGGAAGGGUCUGUUGCGGCGUUUGUGGGAAAAGCUUCUAUGACAAAGGAACGCUGAAGAUCCACUACAACGCCGUCCACCUGAAGAUCAAACAUUGCUGCACGGUGGCGGGCUGCACCAUGGUCUUCAGCUCGCUGCGAAGCCGAAACCGUCACAGCGCCAACCCAAACCCACGGCUACACACCGGUUCUGGCAGAGACGCACAUACCCAGCGAAACACGCAGCCCGAAGCCCACACAAGGGAAAAAGAAAUCAACAAAACACUUUGGCAACCGGAUGACGACACACACACACUACUGCAUGUACACAACUUUAGAAAUGGGUCGACCUGUCACUCAAACCUCCACCAGGGCAGCCAGGACAUGUCCUCUGACUCCCCUCGGCCUUCUCCUCACCCUCCACCCCUGGUCAACAGCCAGAACUUCACCCGGAGUGACUCCAGCUGCAGAUCCAACCUGCACCUCCAGGUGCUGCCUCACCCUCCACCCAGUGCGUCCUCUGUGGGCUCAACGUCCCUCGUCUCUGCUCCGACAGCAGAGAAAAGCGAACCUUGUCGACACCUGAUCGGCCUCAACACCAACCACACUGCACCUGCACCCCUCCCUGACCAUGCCCCCGUCGCCACGGCAAACUGCAACAAGCCAUAUGGUUGCACGGAAGGAAAACAAGAAGAGAUAGCCAAUCAGCAGCAGCAGUGGGAGUCAGGUGACUCCAUUCCAAAGAAGAAGCCCAGGAAGUCGAGCAUGCCGGUGAAAAUAGAAAGAGUGAAGCCGGAGGGGCGGAGAAACGCAGAGGGGGAGGAGUGUUGA